ACGCUCGAGUGUCUUAUGCACUCGAGUCGACGGCGAAACUUGUCGUCAGAAGUGAUCAAGACAGAGUAUCAGUGACCACCUCACGAGGCAGUCUGAUUGGCCUAGAUUUCUUGGGCAAUCUGCAAGAGUGGUCUGGUUCUUCAGCAAAGAGUUAAAGAUACUUUUUGUGGGGCAUUUUAGUUGAAUUUCCAGGAUGAAAGUUCUUGUGAUCUUCAUUGUGGUGAUCAGUGCGGUGUUCGUGGUUAGUGAGCAAGAGAAUGAUUUGGAAUUACCAAUCGAAGCGACAAUUUGCAAACGUGAAGAUCCCAAGCGAAAUGAAUGCAUCAAGAAUAUCCUGCAGAAGCUUAUUCCUGCCUUAAAAGAUGGGAUUCCAAAGUUAAAUAUUUCAUCAAUUGAUCCCCUUCCGCUCAUUCACUCGAAAUUUCUCUAUAGAGCUUCUAACACUUUGUUAGCCUCACUCACGGUCGUGCGUGGCAAUGCCUAUGGAUUCAGUGAGACCCAAGUGAGACGCGUACGAUCACAGAUCACGGAUGACGAAUGGAAAUUCAAUAUGGACGUUGCAAUACCGCGUCUCCUCAUGGAUGGUGAAUACAUGGGUCAGGGCCAGUUCAACGAACUCAAUUUGGGCUCUCAGGGUUACUUCAAUCUCACACUCAACAGAGUCCAAACAACAUGGAAAAUCCGUGCCAAAGCCGAAGAACGUGAUGGUGAAACGUACAUGAGGGUCUUUAAAUUCGAAAUGAUCCCCAAUGUAAAAUCCGUGAGGACUUUCAUAGAGAAUCUCGUGCCUGAUCCCACACUUAAUCUUGUCGUCUUGGAACUGAUUAAUGAAUACUGGAAUAUUCAUCACAAUGAAAUUCUUCUCGAAAGUGGCCAAUUCUACGAACCACUCCUCUCACAAGUCGCCAAUGGGAUCCUCCUCAACAUUCCAGUAAGGAAGUUACUCCUCUAAUCUCUCAUUGCUUAUCAUUGUUCCAGAAGAUCAAAAAAGAUCUCGGUGAUCACAUAUCAUUAAACGCCCAAAUAUAGACUAAAUCCAUUCAAAUUUCAACGAUCACGACAAAAAAUGCGUCAAGAACAUCGGUAAAGUGCAAUAAAAAUUCUUCAGCGGAGAAAAACAAAA